ACACCUGCGCCGCCCGAGGCCGCCCCCGGAGAGGAGACGUGAUUGCGUGAAGGAAUCAUCAGCAAUCCACUUUUCCCACUAAUCUGCUCGUCUCUCACGCAAAAGUGUACAUUCUUCUGUCCGUUUGCCCCUUAAUCCACUUUCGAUCGAUCGAUCGAUCGCUCUCGUGGAUUUCUUCCGACCUUCGCUUCCUGACAAUGAGAUUCGAUUCUUCCGAAGACCGGAUUUCGGCGACCCAGACAAACGGAGGAGCCAUGUCUCAGAACUGCAUUCCGAGGGCUCUCUUUCAUACCUGCAGAGACAAGAAAGCGUUCUCAGAUUAUGCUUCGAUGGCUUUCUGUAAGAGAAUCGAUUUUCAAUUGACAAAUCGAACUAUUCUCAAGUUUGUGAUCAUAAUCGCCCAAGAGAUGCACGAUUGCAUGUAUUUGCGAUGAAUCGCAGGCUACUUCGGCAUUGGAUGGGGAAUGAAGUCUCGAGAGGUUUCCAACGAGUCUAUGAAUAGAGGCUUAUGCGAUGAAACAGCUUCUCCACAGGAUAUAACCAAAGUGCAUGUUGUUGGGGAACGAUCUUUGUCAUACUCCAAAAGUUUAUUCUUCAAUCCUAUGUCAUAGGACAAUAAGCAAUGGUUCUUCAUCCCAAACGACCAAAGCUCGUGUUGUGUUUAUCAUGUUGCGAAGGGAUGACAAAUCAUUAUCUGCCGCUAACCUUGGUCUCCUGGUUACGGAGAGUAUGAUGUCAUCUAGAAUCUAUUUGUCUCUACGCUGGAGGUACGGUUUAUAUCUGUGCAAGCAUCGAGGACAACUACAUGGUACUAACUUUAGCGAUGGACGUAAUAGGUGUAUCUUAAAGAGACUAUGCACCUCCAUAUUCUUGACAGAUGGCAAUUUUUUUCUCGUGUUUAACAUGUUAAGCACAAUCUAAUUUGUUAUGACUUUCUUCAGAACACGUGC